GAAUCAACAUUCACCUUGAGUCUGUUAAGUAUCAUUGGAGCACCAGUCCAGUUUGCAGUGGCCAUUGCAUCAAUCCUUAUUGGCCCCUAUUGUUACUAUACUUUCGCUGGGAUGUCCGCAACCAACUACAUUGGCUAUGCUAUUAAGUUUCCUUUCCCUUAUGGCACGUUCCAGAAUGUAUGCCAAGACCCCCUUCACUACGAAUGGUACCACCUGGCUCUACAAAUUGCCGACCUGCUGUCAAGCGUUUUUAUCUUAUGCACUUCAUUGGCAUUGGUAAUCAGGCUCUCCGCCAGGAUACUACGCACAGGAACAUUUAAUGUGAGUAGGAGGUAG